AGAGCUUAAAAGGGGCCGGGGGAGGCUUGAAUCCAGCAGGUUUGGGCCCGGCUUGUGUGGGCGGCACGUCUUUAGAUGCGCAGCCCUGCCUGAGCGGGUGUCUCUUGAUAUCUUGACGAGGGUUUCUUUAAGCUGUGGCACUCGUAUUUGGAGGCUUUGUGUCUGUGUGUAACUGUCUAGCUAGCAGCUCGCGCCCCUAGUCCCCGGCUCCUCGGCUCGCUCAGCCCCAGCACUGCUGCCCAGCAGCAGCGAGACGUGCGCCGCCAGCUUCGCAAGGGAUGGAGCAGACCGAGGUGCUAAAGCCACGCACCCUGACCGACCUGAUCCGCAUCCUGCACCAGCUCUUCGCCGGCGAGGAGGUCAAUGUGGAGGAGGUGCAGGCCGUUAUGGAAGCCUAUGAGAGCGACCCGGCCGAGUGGGCAAUAUACGCCAAGUUCGACCAGUACAGGUAUACCCGAAAUCUGGUGGAUCAAGGAAAUGGAAAAUUUAAUCUAAUGAUUCUAUGUUGGGGUGAAGGACAUGGCAGCAGUAUCCAUGAUCACACCGACUCCCACUGCUUUCUGAAGAUGCUGCAGGGAAAUCUAAAGGAAACUUUGUUUGCCUGGCCUGACAAAAAAUCCAAUGAGAUGAUCAAGAAGUCUGAAAGAAUCUUGAGGGAAAACCAGUGUGCCUACAUCAACGAUUCCAUCGGUUUACAUCGGGUAGAGAACAUUAGCCACACAGAACCUGCCGUGAGCCUUCACUUAUACAGUCCGCCUUUUGAUACGUGCCAUGCCUUUGAUCAAAGAACAGGACAUAAAAACAAAGUCACCAUGACAUUCCAUAGCAAAUUUGGAAUCAGGACUCCAUUUGCAACUUCAGGCUCACUGGAGAACAACUAAGGAGCACCAAGUCCUCUGAGGUUUUACUUUAAGGUCUGAUGAAGGUUUUACCUUGGGCAGGAAGGCCUCCCACCAUUUGCUGUCCAGUAAUACACUUUACAAAGCCAAUACUUAGAUCUACAAUAAGGCAGAUGCUAAUUAUAAGGCAUUAAGUAAACAAAUAGUGCCCUGAGCUACUAUAGAAGAUAAAAAUCCCACUAAAUAUAAAAAGGCUAGUGAUUUUUAAGGCCAAAUCAAGUGCUUUACUGGUUUUAUCCUCUAAAGCCAUUGGAACCAUACUGGGAAUGUCAAUAAGGUUUUUAUAGUUUUUGGAAACACCUUGGUCUUUGAACUAUAAUUAGCAAUAAAUAAAAACAAGACAUCAAACUGCUCACCUUGUUUUUUGGAGGACUAAAUGUAGAUGUCUUUAAUAUACUUUGUAUGUUCUUAAUACUUGAAGAGAAUUUUUUGAAUCUGUGCAUUUUAUUUUUUCAAUCUUACCUUACAGAUUUGUCUUCCAUAAACAAUAGGGUAUUGUAGAUAGAGAAACUUCUGGCGCUUUGCCAUUUGGUAAUGAAAUGAAGGGCAGAAGAUUUAGAAAAGUACACGUACCCAAACCCACAACAAACCAAAAUGUCUGACGUGUCCAGUGGUCAGUCAGACUUCCUACUGCUGCCAAAAUUGCCAAAUAAUUUUAAUAAAACUGGAUUUGAACAUUA